AUGGCAAACGUUAAUGUUAAAAAUGUCGAAAAUGUAGAAGUCGUUAGGUUGAGACACACGGAUUUAGUUGAUUUGACGGAGAACAUGAAGAAUCUUCAACUAAAUGACAAAACUUCAACAACACAGCCAAGUCCAAAUGUUCAUUCCCUGGAUGAAGUACCAAGACCUCUGCCUAAAGUUAGGAAAAAAAAUCAGAGGCCAGACCAGUGCUUCUACCAGCCAGGCAAAACAAAGCUGCAGAAACCCAAACAGUUACAACAACAACAACGACAAUCAGACAAUAAAGAUGGCGAUGGGGUCGAUUUGAAAGCCACUCCUACUACUGCAACCACUGCUACUACUACUACUAAUAAUAAGAGUAAUGAUAAUAGUAAUUGUAAUAAUAAUAAUAAUAAUAAGAGUAAUGAUAAUGAUGCUAGUUCUGAUAAGACUGUAAAACACAGCCCCAAGAAAAAUUCUAAAAGAAAUACGCAUCGACGUAAUAUCAAUUGUAAAAAUAAAAACGACGACGAUGAUGUUGGUGGUGAUGGUGUUAGCGGAGGUGGCAGCUGUGGCGAUGAUUAUGGCUUCUUGCAUAACUGCGACUUCGAGUGGGACCACAUGGCUGACUUGGAUGCCAACCAAUCACAUCAUUUUGUUAAAGUCGACGACGACGAUGAUGAUAGUAAUAUCAAUAAUAAUAAUAAUAAUAAUAAUAAUAAUAAUAAUAAUAAUGAUGAUGAUGAUUGUAAUAAUGAUUGCAAUUAUGGUCAUAACAUUGGCGACCAUAAUUAUAAUUAUGGUUAUGAUGGUGGUAAUAUUAAUUUCAAUAAGAUGAGUAAAAGAUAUUCUGCCCAAAGAGCCAAAAGGAUAUCACCAUCUCCGUCGUCUUCUUCAUCAUCACCUUUAUUCAGACCACCAUCGUCGUUGUCAGCAGCAGCAGCAGUAGCAGCAGCCACAGUGGCGACUACGACAACGGCCAAAACAUCCGCAGCAUUUACGUCGACAGCCGCUAGAACAUCGUCGACAACAACAACAACAUUUGCGACUUCAUCGAAGAGAGUGCCUUAUAGCAACAACAACAACAACAUCGACUAUAAUAGAAAUAAUAAAAAGAAUAAUUAUACCAGUAAUAAUAAUAAUAAUAAUAAUAAUAAUAAAAAAAGAAAUCCGAGUAAAACUCCAAUGACAGUAACAAAAUCGCCAGUAGCGAUGACGUCACUUGAAAAUUUUGUACCACAAUCAUCAUUAUCAUUACCGCCUUCAACUACUACUACUACUGCAGAAUCAUUAUCAUCAUCAUCAUCAUCAUCGAGAUCAGUUGCAGUAUCAUCAUCAUCAGCAGCAGCAGCAACUUCAGAAGCAGCAGCGGUUGUAAAGAAAGGUGGCCUUAUAAAAAUCCCACAAAAUUUACUGGCAUCAUUAUCGUUGCCGUCAUCAUCAUUAUCAGCAAGAACGUCAUCGGCAUCAUCAUCACCAUCAGGAAGAAUGAAUAGAAUUUCUACUACUUCUACUUCUACUACUACUACUACUACUAAUUCUGGUACAGCUUAUUAUAGUUAUAAUACUAACGAUGCAAGUAGUUAUAAUAAUGGUGAAAGCACACGUGAUGAUAGUUAUGAUGAUGAUGGUGGUGGUGGUGGUGAUGAUAGUAGUGGUCGGGGUCGUCGUCGUCUGCGCCGACUUUGGGACCCAGAAAAAGAUCAAAUAUAUCCAAAGUGUAACGGCAAUAUUCCUAUAAAUAAUAAUUCUAACAAUGGAAAUGACAAGCUUUUCAAAAAUAUAAAGGCUAAUGAUUUGUUUGAUGAAAAUAAAAUGAGGCCUUUGAGUGCAUCACACCAACAACAACAACAACAGCAACAGUUGCGAUCAUCAUCAGCACUGCCUCCAGCGCAAUCUUCAUCCUCAUCAUCAUCAUCGCCGCCAUUAAAGUUACUAUCAUCAUCACCGUCACCAUUAAAGUUACUAUCAGCAUCAUUACCAUCAGCAUCAUUACCAUCAGCAUCAUCGUCGUCGUCGCUUGCCACAUCAUACCAUGAAAUGAUGAAAUUCAUGGACACCCUUGCUAAGUUAAUGUCGCACUUUGAAAGUAAUUACGUCAGCAACAACAACAACAACAACAACAAUAAUAAUAAUAAUAAUAACUAUAAUUAUUUCUGUGCUAAUUAUAAUAUGAUUUACAAUGAUGAUGGUGACGACGACGACGAUGACGUCGGAGGAGAUUUUGGAGGAAAGAUUUGGGCUGAGAUAUCUAUACUGAGGCGAAAAGUGAACUUACACCUCCAGCGUUUAAUCUCCGGAGAUCUGGUCACAUGCAUAAAGGUUAGCAUGCUGGAUAAGACAUGGAAGUCCAACCACUAUGACGUCAUCCAGGCGCUAUUCAAGAUGGCCGCCACUAGUUGCAGUAGUAGUAACAACAACAACAACAACAACAACAAUAAUAAUAAUAAUAAUAAUAAUAAUAAUAAUAAUAAUAAUAAUGGCAGCAGUAAUAGUAAUAGUAUCGGAGUGCAGAUACUGAGCUUACUCAACAAUGUUGUUAUUAAUAGCAUAAACUACUAUGAAUCUUUACUGGCAAUAGCUGAGAAGUUCACACAAAGGGCCAACGAUAAUCAUGCUACUGCUGCUGCUGCUGCUGCUGCUGCUACUUCUACUACUACUACCACUACUACUACUACUACUAAUAAUAAUAAUAAUAAUAAUAAUAACCAAAGAAUAAAAACUAACGAUCGCUUACGAACAGUAGCCAGUUUAGCUUGCCAUAAAAUUUCUAUAUUCUUGGGAGAUCUUGAAAGAUACAAAAUUCAACACAACCACCACCUCAACAACAAUAACAACAAUAAUAACACUAAUAAUAACAAUAAUAAGAAGAAUGGUAACGGUAGCAGUAUUAAUAAGUUUGACAAGUCCAUAAUGUGGUACACAAAGGCCAUAGAAUAUUCACCAAAGUAUGGAAAGUCGUAUAACCAACUGGCUAUCAUAUCUAUGCACAACAGGCAGUACUUAGAUGCUGUGUACUGCUAUAUCAGGAACUUGGGGUCCAGGAAUCCGUUCAGCUCGGUUAGGCAGGAGCUUCAAACCAUCUUUCAUAACGUUUUCGUAAAGCAACAGAGGUUGCAGCAGCAGCAAUUUAACAGCAAGGUCAACAACAACUCGAAGGUCAAGAUCGAUCAAAGGUCAUUAGAGUCACUAGGUCGCAGGGUCGAAAUUUGGGUGUCCGUGGAUGGAAGGGAAGAUAAAGUGGAUGAAGAAGAAGAGGAUGAUGAAGUGGAUGGAGAGGGAAAUGAUAAUGACGAUGAUGAGGGUGAGGGCGAGAGAAAAAAUUGUCAGUUGAGCAGAUCCUUCACGCUGCACUUUAUGAACGUUCAUGGAAAGCUGUUCACAAAGAUAGGUAUGGAGGCUUACGAAGAAAGCGCUAGAAAAAUGUUGCUAGAAUUUUCUCUGCUGUUGAAAAGAGGACUUCGACUACAACAACAACAACAGCAGCAGCAGCUGCAGCAACAACAAUUAUCACUGAUGACAACAAAGUUGAUGAAACUGCUAACUGUUAAUAUAUUUAGCAUUGACAAUUACAAAGAUAACGAACACCUGGAAGAGCUGUCUGUAGCCUUAGCCAUGGACAUGUUUGUCAUCAUUUGCAACUAUUUUCUGAACAUUGUCAACAAACUCUGCAACAACAACAACAGCAGCAGCAACAACAAUAGCAACAAUAAAAGCAACAAAAAUAACGAAAACAACAUCAUCAACAACAACAAAAUUAACAUAAUUAAUGCAAGAAACUAUUUCAAAAGCCUUUUCAACGUCGACAACAGUACAACCAACAACAACAGCAAAAACUGUGACAUCAUCAGCAGCUGCAGCGGCAGCGACAGCAGCAACGAUUAUGACGUCAUCGUCGACGACAACAAAAACGCUCUGGCGUUAAUUAACACCUACCUUUCUUACAUCAAAAUCUGGUAUGAUUGGAUGGGUAGGAAUAUUGGGAAAUGCGUUAAACCAUUGAAAUCAUUACUUCCAUCAUCAUCUUCUUCUUCUUCAUCAUCAUCUUCAUUAUCAUCUUCAUCGUCAUCUUCAUCGUCAUCGUCGUUCCCAUCACCUGUCCUACAUUUAAAUAGCGUCUGGCUGUGUGUAGUUGAGAUUGCUAACAUUGUGUUGGCGUUGAAUUUUGAUAGUCUAGUCUCCAGUCGUCGUCAUCAUCAUCAUCAUUUCGCAUCGACAUCAUUAUCAUUACCGCCUGAGUUAUCGUCGUCAUCAUCGCCAUCAUCAUCGGACAGUAAUACUACUAUUGACGACAAUAAUAACAAUAAUAAUAAUUAUAAAAGUAAUAAUAAUAAUAGAAUGAUGACGUCAUCUGGCAGUAAUUUAUUUACCAAAGUAAGACUGUAUGAGGAUGAUUUUUUUAACGGUUACUUGCCAUUGAGAGGAAAUAGCUAUGGAGUGGUUGAAAGGAUCAUGACGUCAGCCGCGAUGACGUCACUGUCUGGUAAUGAUGAUAAUGAUGCCGAGGAAGACGGUGAUGAUGGUGAUGGUGGUGGUGAGAUUUAUGUGCCUGGGGCCUUUUGCAAGGAAAUACAGAUGAUGAUAGCCAGACUCUCUAGAAUAAAACAAUCCUCGACUAGAAUGCUGGCAACGAUGACGAAGAUGAAGAUGGUACAGUAUGAUAGCGAUAAUAAUAAUAAUAAUAAUAAUAAUAAUAAUAAUAAUAGUAAUAAUAAUAAUAAUAAUAACAAUAGUAAUGGCAAUGGCCAUGACAGAUCCAUCCCUCCAUCCUGGUUGCCGACACCAACUGCUACAUCGAUCAUCUCCCUGGAAUCAAAAACCUACUCGCCACUAAGAGAUAUUCAUUCGUUCUGCCAUUAA